AUGCUGCUCACAAUAAAUAAAGAUAAGGAUGCACAGCUGGAUUAAAUAGAAAAUAUGCUGAAUAUUAAGAUAUUAAAGUUCCAUCUCCCUGUAUUGAAGGAGACGAAAGGUCCUUGCUUAUGGAUUGCUAAAUAUGUAAAUGCUGAUAAUUCUCUUGAAGCUUUUAUCACUUAUGAUUCAUUCAAAGAUGAAAGUUGUAAAUGAAUUUCAUUAAAUUGUACUACUAAUAGAACUAAAUGUGUUGAGAUUAUAAGUGUGUACAGGUACAAAUGUUAAAGGAGGUUGAAAGAUAGGAACAAAUGGAGAAUUUAUCUAAACAGUAUCUGCUAAAGAAGCUAAUGAUACUAUUUGUAAAUAAUUCAUUUUAUGUAAAGAUACUUAUUAUUUAAGUCAUUUAGAAUGUAAUUCAGCAAAUCCAAAUUGUAUAUCAGAUUAUUCUACUGGUAGUAUUCCAUUAGCUGCUAAUUCUACAGAUAUAUAAAAUUAAUGCUACAGAAAUAAGGAUGGUGAUAUUACAUCAACAAGUAUACAUAUAUAGAAUAAAACAGCAAAAUAAUGCAAAGAUAAAAAUGUUUAGAUCUUACAUUUACAACAUAAGCAGAAUGCCCAUCCAGAUUGAAGACUUGUAGAACUGAUGGGGUUAAGUGCCUUGUUAAAAGUUCAUUUGGUGCUUGCUUUGUAAUAUUGCUAGUGGAAGUGAAGGAACUUGCCCCUGAGUUGCAGCAGAACCUUAAGAAAGUUACAGAAUUAAAAAAUUUGCUCAGAUAUUCCAAAGGGUUCAACAGCAUAAGCAUGUUAAGGAGUUAUUAAUUGUCUUUUUAAUGGUACUAAUUGUAUCAACAUACAAUAACAAUAACAAAAUUGUUUGUAAUUCUUAUAUUUGUGUAUGGACUGAAACUACAACUGCAGAAACUACUACUGGAAAAUGCUCUUUAUUGA